CAGAACAUGAAAGCCAGAGAGAGAUUGAGAAUGUGAUAUCUUAUAAAGGUCAUAUACAAUGUUAGAGAGUUCAUAUGUACUUCUGAUUCUCAUUCCCACUAUGUAAUAAAAUAUAGUCUGCUGGUUGGUGGGAAUGCUCUGAGAAAAAAAAUAGUAGAUUUUUUACUAUGUCAUUUCAAAAUUUUUGGGCAAAGCAAAUAGCAAAUAGAUUAUAAGUACUGAGGUAAAUUUCUUGUAUUUCAGAUGGAACAGUUAUCAGAUGAAGAACUUGACCAUGGUGCUGAAGAAGACAGCGACAAAGAAGAUCAGGAUCUCGACAAAAUGUUUGGUGCUUGGCUUGGAGAGCUAGAUAAACUUACACAGAGUUUGGAUACUGACAAGCCAACAGAACCAGUAAAAAGAUCUCCUCUUCGCCAGGAAACAAACAUGGCCAAUUUUUCUUAUCGCUUCUCCAUGUACAACUUGAAUGAAGCCUUGAAUCAGGGAGAAACUGUGGAUUUGGAUGCUUUGAUGGCCGAUCUUUGCUCUAUAGAGCAGGAACUCAAUAGCAUUGGAUCUGGAAACAGUAAGCGUCAAACCACAGAAACAAAAGCUGCUCUGAAAUUACCUGCUAGCCGACAUACCUUGAAACAUGGCACCCUGAAAGGAUUGUCUUCUUCAUCUAAUAGGAUAACCAAACCUUCACCUGCCAAUUACUCUUUGGAUGACAUUACUGCACAAUUAGAACAGGCUUCUCUCAGCAUGGAUGAAGCUGCUAAGCAGUCAAUAAUGGAAGAUGCCAAACCUACAGUGAUUAAUCAGCACAGGAGAACAGCAUCAGCAGGUACAGUGAGUGAUGCUGAAGGGCGCUCUAUUAGCAAUUCAUCUCGUUCAAGCAUUACUUCUGCGGCUUCCAGCAUGGAUUCUUUGGAUAUUGAUAAGAUGACACGUCCCCAAGAACUAGAUUUAACACAUCAGGGGCAACCAGUUACUGAGGAAGAACAGGCAGCCAAAGUGAAGGCAGAAAAGAUCCGAGAGGCCCUGGAGAAGAUUAAAGAAGCCCAAGUGAAGAAGCUUGUAAUUAGAGUUCACAUGUCUGAUGACAGCUCCAAAACAAUGAUGGUAGAUGAGAGGCAAACAGUGAGACAAGUAUUGGAUAACUUGAUGGACAAAUCACACUGUGGCUAUAGCUUAGACUGGUCACUAGUAGAAACUAUCUCCGAAUUACAAAUGGAGAGAAUCUUUGAAGAUCAUGAAAACUUAGUUGAAAAUCUUCUAAACUGGACAAGAGAUAGUCAAAACAAGCUUAUAUUUGUGGAACGUAUAGAAAAAUAUGCACUUUUCAAAAACCCCCAGAACUAUCUCCUGGGGAGAAAGGAAACAUCUGAGAUGGCAGACAGAAAUAAAGAAGUGCUGCUGGAGGAGUGUUUUUGUGGGAGUUCUGUGACAGUCCCAGAACUUGAAGGAGUAUUGUGGCUGAAAGAUGAUGGCAAGAAGUCCUGGAAAAAACGCUAUUUUCUUUUGCGAGCUUCUGGUAUCUACUAUGUUCCUAAAGGAAAAGCAAAGGUUUCUCGGGACCUUGUAUGCUUUCUUCAGCUUGAUCAUGUCAAUGUUUACUAUGGACAAGAUUAUCGGAACAAAUACAAAGCACCUACAGACUAUUGCUUGGUCCUGAAGCACCCACAGAUCCAAAAGAAAUCUCAGUAUAUCAAGUAUCUUUGUUGUGAUGAUGUUAGAACUCUGCAUCAAUGGGUAAAUGGCAUCCGGAUUGCAAAGUAUGGAAAACAGCUCUACCUAAAUUAUCAAGAAGCCCUAAAGAGAACAGAGUCAGCCUAUGACUGGACCUCCUUGUCUAGUUCCAGUAUCAAAUCUGGAUCAAGUUCUUCUAGCAUCCCAGAGUCUCAGUCGAAUCACUCUAAUCAGUCUGAUAGUGGAGUUUCUGACACCCAGCCAACAGGACAUAUUCGUUCCCAAAGUAUCGUGAGCUCCAUCUUUUCAGAAGCUUGGAAACGAGGGACUCAAUUGGAAGAGUCCAGCAAGGCCAGAAUGGAGUCUUUGAACCGACCUUACACUUCACUUAUGCCCCCUUUAUCCCCACAGACUAAGACAGUGGCCCCCUAUACUGCUUCACAGCCUUCCCCCCCUCUUCCCCCUCCCCCACCUCCUCCCCCACCUCCUCCACCCCCCCCACCGCCCCCACCCCCUCCUCUCCCUAGCCAGGCUGCCCCUUCCUCAGUUUCAGCAGCCACAAUGUUUGUGAAAUACAGCACGAUAACCAGGCUUCAGAAUGCUUCUCAACAUUCAGGAUCUCUCUUUAAACCCCCGCCACCCCUGGGGACCCAGCAAAUAGCAGCAGCCUCCCAAUCAGGAAAGCCUCAACUGCUGGUGCCUCCUAAUGGGGUGGUUCCCCCUCCCCCUCCUCCACCCCCACCUCCUACCCCAGGAUCAGCAAUGGCUCAGCUGAAACCUGCCCCUUGUGUCCCAUCAGUUCCUCAGUUCAAUCCCCCCCCUCCCCCCUUGAAAAUUCAUCAGGUGCAGCAGAACAUGGUUCAGGCUACUCCCCCGACUCCCCCACCUCCUCCCCCAGUUCCUGCACCCCCCCCUCCUCAGGCCCCUCCCAAGCCCCUGGUGCCUCACCUCCCAGCCGGUACCAAGUCGGCGUCACCAGUCCCCCUCCCCGUCCCCACCCCUCCCAUGCCCCCGGCCAAAAAGCAGCCCGUCUUUCCCGUUCCCCAGAUUCCUCCGUCUCCUUCCGCUCUUCCUAGCCCAGUUCCCCCACCGACCUUACCAAAGCAGAGCUUCUGUGUAAAACCACCCCCUUCUCCGCAGUCUCCAGGGCCAUCUGUUGUAAAGCAGAUAGCCAGCCAGUUUCCCCCUCCCCCCACGCCCCCUCCUCCACCCGAGCCUCACCCUUUAAAGCCCGGCCCGCUGAGCGUGACGCCACAGUCUCCCCCCGCCGUGAAGGCCAAGCCCAAGUGGCAGCCCAGCUCGGUGCCAUCCCCGGACUUUCCUCCACCUCCACCCGAGAGCAUCCUUGUAUUUCCACCUCCACCGGCUGCAACUCCAGGGCUCCCUCCCACCCCUGAUAAGAUGGGAUCUCCAGUCAAAAAGACCAGCAAGACUUCAAGUCCAGGGGGAAAGAAACCACCGCCGACCCCGCAGCGAAACUCCAGCAUCAAAUCUAGCAGCUGUGCAGAAUAUCAAGAGUCCAAAAGACCUUCAGUGGACAGCCUUGUUAGCAAAUUUGCACCCCCAUCGGAACCUUCGGGGUCUCCCAACAAGGAGACCCCCCCACCUCCUGCAGCUCCACCAAAACCUGGGAAACUCAAUCUCUCUGGAGUCAAUCUACCCAUAGUUCUCCAACAAGGAGGCAUUUCAGCAAAAGUACCUGGGAUGAGUGGACCUGGUAAGGACUCGAUGGUAGAGUUUCCUUCUCCUCCUUCAGAUUCUGACUUUCCACCUCCUCCACCUGAAAUAGAGCUUCCUCUUCCACCGGUAGAGAUUCCAUCAGUGUUUUCAGGAAACGCUCCUCCCAAAGUGGCCGUUGUUAACCCUCAGCCGCAGCCGUGGUCCAAAAGCUCCGUGAAGAAAGCCCCUCCACCCACGAGGCCCAAGCGGAACGACAGCACCCGCCUCACGCAGGCAGAAACGGCGGAGCAGCAGGGGGCCGCCCCAGGCGCGCCACAAGUGCCCACUUCUCCCAAGUCUAGCCUUAGCGUCCAGCCCGGAUUCUUGGCUGACUUAAAUAGGACACUGCAACGCAAGUCCAUCACCCGGCACGGCUCCCUCUCAUCUUCCCGGAUAUCCAGAGCCGAGCCAACGGCCACCAUGGAUGAUAUGGCGUUGCCCCCUCCCCCUCCCGAACUGCUCUCAGAUCAACAGAAGGUUGGCUAUGGAGGUAGUCAUAUCUCAGGCUAUGCAACAUUGCGGAGGGGGCCACCUCCUGCUCCCCCUAAAAGGGACCAGAACACCAAGCUCUCUCGAGACUGGUAGCUACUCUAGGAUUCUAGAUCAUUCUUCAAUCAACUAACCUAACCUAUAAAUUUAGGUGUUCAGCACCUCCUCAUGUGAUAGAGAAUGUGAUCAAAAUGGUAUUCAGCUGUAGCUAAGGGUAAUUGUAUACAUUCCCCUUGUCCCUCAAACUUAGUCCAAAAAUGGGUCUUGUCUUUUGGGUGGGGGGAUGUGGAGGGGAUGUGUGUGUCUUUAUCCUUUCGUGUUCCUUUUUUUUCCUCCACGUGGAUUGGACCAAAAACCUUUCUUACUUUUCUGCAUUUGAGGUAUUUUGUAAUGUCUGUCCAUGUGCAAUGAGACUCCGUUUGUGCAUGUUUUAUAAUAUACAUCCAGUAGGUUUAUAAUGGGACAUUUCUCACAAUUAUAAAAGACAACCAGAAUGUUUGGUUUAUCUAGCUUGUUUGAGUGUCUGCCAUCAAGCACAGGGAAGGGGCAUUUAAGCCAGAAAAGCAGCUCAGCAUCUCAAGAAUCUAAUACUACCUGGAACAGUUGAUGUGACCGGCUGCUUAGAAUACAGACAUGAUACAACCAAAACAUUCCGGCUGUAAACACUCAAAGAAAGUAGAUGUUAUUUGGUGAUCUGGAGUAAAAAUAAAUUUCUGCCACAGGUAGCCUUCUAGAAUGUGGCAUUCUGUCCCUGAGAAAAUCAGGGAGAAAUUACCUGUUAAUAAGCUUUGUUAGUUCAUUUUACUGUUAACCAGACGUCCGUUUCCAUCCCUCCCUUGAGUUUCAAGAAGCUUUUAAUCAAGUUUGGUUCCAUGUUUCUUUGUUUUGAUUCAUUCAGACAUCCAUGUGUAGACCCAAUCAAAUGAUGUUGAUGUGUUCCACUUUGAAGUGUGCACUUUUAUCACGUAGCUGUAUGUAAUGCCACUGUCUACGGAAUAAGUAGGCACACACAUUAUACACAUAUAUCAUUGCUCCAAAACCACCUGUAGGGCGAAUAAAAAUUUCCAAUGUUUCUGCUACUCUCCCAAGUAGGAGUGACUAGAGGGCUUCAUUUAAGCUUAGUUUUGUCCUUUCCAGCAUUAAUGAAUGCCUAAGUCCACAAACAUUCUGUAUCUUGUAUGGAACUCGAGAAUAUCAUUAGACUUUGAAAAUGGGGCAGGGUGAGGGGAGGGAAGUCAGAAUCCUGUCUUUAUCAAUUGUGAAGGCUUAUCCAGCUACCAGAUAGGGAUUGGAAUGCCAAAUUAUGAGAACUUGAGAUUGAUCACCUGUUGUAUAUGUGCAGCACAGCAUGAAAUCAGAGUGGAACAACUCCAGAUCUAGUGUUUUCCUAGUUAAUCUUACUCCAAGUCGAUUUUUAUUGGGAGAGGGGUGGGAAGGAGAGAGAUGUACAUCAGAAAUCCUGUCCUAUCAUCUUGAUCUUGAGGAGUGGGAGGAGCUGCUUUUACACAGAAAACCAUAGAACUUGCCCAGAAAGCAUGAGCAUUUCACUAUCAGUGAAGAAAAGACGUUCAUAUUUUUUAAAGAUGAAAAUAUCAAGAUCCUGACCUGAAGGAAGAAAGACUCCAAAUAAUAGUCAUCUUUUGGGAAUAAGAAAAGAUUGAGCAAGUUGCGCACACACACAAAAAAUCUCGUAAAAAUUUCUCCCCUUAGAAAGCUGUGUAUUUAGAGUGAAGAGUGAAGUGAAAGCAAGCGGUACCUCCAUUAUCACAUCACCAUUCUCCUGUGUUAAAAUAGUUUGAGCAAUAAGACCAUUGUGCAUUUUAAAGCAAUGCUACUUUAAAAAGCACUUUUUUCUAUUUUCAAUCAUUCACAAAAUUUCCUAUGUUGAACAUUUCUCUGUUUAUGAAGUGUCCUUAAAAGCAUUUGUAUUGUUGAUUCUGAAGCAUGCCCUGGUUUAGCCAGCUAAGGCCACCUUGUAGGUAGGCGGUUAAACUCUGCUCUUGCCCGUGGGUGCUGCUGUCAUUUUUCCACAGCCUUCUACCUGCAGUUUUGUAUUGUAAGGAAUUCUACCUCUUCUCUGGGGUGGAGGUAUGAAGAAUAGGAAUCCAGAUUUACAUACCUGUUUAGUGCUGGGUUUAGUUGCGAUGUCAAACUUUUAUCAAGUUGGACAGAGGAUUGUUUUUCCCUACAAAAAACUAAAUCUCUUUUCUCCUUUGGGCCUUCAGAGUUUUUCUGGGACAAUUACAGUUUGGACGAGACUCUUAAGAAAUAAUAUUCAUUCAUCAUUCCCUUUAGAAUCCAUUAGGAUUCCCAAAUUUUUCUGCCUUCAACAAUGGCCAAUAAUUGUCCUUCAUUUUUCCUUGAGAUCAAGGACCCUCUGAAUGAAGAUUUUUGGAGGCAGAAAUGAUGCUCCAGACCUUUGAAAGUAAGGAACACAAUUGCAGCAAGGAAUUAAGAGAUUUUUUUUUUAAGCUUUGGCUGUCUUGGUUGAACAUACAGCCAUUUAUAUCUUAGAGAAACUUAUAAAUAUAAUACAAACUAUUAGCUUAAGUUUUGUUUUCUUAUGUGGAUGCAGGAAACUAAAUUAUAAACCAAAAUGAAAGUUCUAAUAUUCUCUUUGAGGAUUUAUAUUCUUCUAGGAGAUUUUAUUUUGGGUUUUUGUUUUGCUGCUGAUAUAACCUUUUUUUCCCCAAGGAGCUUUUGGGGAAACAUUAGGGGUUCUAAAAAAUUAAAAAAAAAAAACUCUCAAACCUUUGAUUUUGAAUAUUUUUGUAGCCAUUCCUUUUUCUCUGUAGGUUCAGGGAAAUAUCUACUGCCAGAUGAUACUAGUACUGUGCCUUCCUUUCACUGCCUCUGCUAACAGUUCCAAUUCAGCGUUCUUUUUCCAGACCAAGGAGAGAAAGCUGGAAAUCUGGCUUGGCAGCAUCGACUCCAAGGACCUCAAACAGUUUAGCUUUAAAAUACUGCUUUAGACGGCAGUGCAAAUUGGUGGUUAUUACAUGUACUAACCUGCUUAUCACCUACAAACUGUACUAUCAAGUUUGAACUACAGCAGGAUCAAUUCUCUCUCUGGUAAUAAUGUAACUUAUGUGUUUUUGUUUUUUAAUUUAAGCAUGUUAAUGUAAACAUUAAAAUAUUCAAAAGAUACAAUGGGAUCUGGUCUUGGAAAUUAACAUCACAGUUUUGCCUGUGUGGCUUUUACUCAAUGGAGGGAAAUAAUCUGGUUUCUCUAAUCUUUAUUUGAGGCAAGUGACUAUUAUAUGUUGCCAUAGCUCGUUAAAUUAGAUCAUAAUUUUGCAAGUUGUUUUGUUGAAUGAGAAAAGUAAGUCCAAAGCAAAUUGCUGGGAAAAAAGAAAAUGUUAAGCUAUGCCUUACAUUGAUACUUGAUUGUUCUUAAAAUUCUUUGUGCAUUUUUGGCUGUCUUUAACUUUGACUCUGUAGAGUGGUGGUCCUACUUGUCUCUUCCUAGGAGUAAAUUUGCUGAGAACCAGGUUAUGAUCCAAACUUGAAAAUAUUCUUUAAUGAGGUUAUUUUCCACCUUAAAAGAUAUACCCAGGAUGGAUCUGUUAAUUUAUUAGUCUACAGUGAGCUGUUACAAAGUAAAUGUUUAAGAAAUAUUCAGAGAAAGUGAAGUUUAUUAUAUGCUGCAAGAAAAAUGGAGACCCACUUCUAAUAAUGUUGUUCCUUGUGAUUGGUUACAAAUAUCACAGCCUACAUGGUAUGAAUUAGUUUUGUUUAGCCAGUAGUGCUUUUUGAACUUCUUUUUCCCCAGCUGAAAAGUGAAGGGGGAGGGGGAGAAUCUUUUCCAAAAGUUCUGGCCAAAUUUCACUAGGUCCCUGAGAGAAACAUAGUUUUUCCCACGGAUCCUUGGUGCAUUGUUCUCUCUAGCCACUACUAUUCCUACGCCAACCCUCCAAAGUUAAGAUAAUUUACUUUCAUGGUUGUAAAACUAUCAGUUAUUUUAAAGUUUAAGCAGUGUUUAAUUAUAGCAAGUAAACCAUUCUGUGAAGAUCUACAAUGAAGGUGUGCCUUUAAUUCAGCAACCUAAACAUUUAACUUUACACAAAGGAAGGCAGUAGUUUCGCAGUGGGAUUCCUUUAAAUAUAAACAGUUUUCUGAUGAAUGCAGUAAUUGUAGCAAGAAGGAUGCAUCUGUGAUCUUUUAUUUCUAAUAAAAUAAACUUGAGACUGAACCUAAAGAAUGAUUAAUAUGAAAACUAAUGUCUUCCAUUAGAGGUGAGAGAUAAUCCUUUAGGAUACAUCUUUCAUUGAACUCCAGAGAGAGAGAACAAAUGUUUGGAUUUCCAUUCAGCCAAAUUAUAUGUAUGCCAUGUUCAGUAGAUGAUGGCUUCCCAUUAAGAUGUAAGAAAUUUAAAUUCGUAUCUACAUAAUCAAGAUUACCAAAAUAAUUACAUAACACACUUAAUAACAACUUCUAAAGAAAAAAAAACUGACCUCAUUCACAAGUGUAAAAAAAAACAAAACAUCUUGAUUUGUUUGAGCUUCUUGGGCGAAUUAGUGUGCCAAAAUAGUAACAAGAAUCACUGUUUCUUUGAAUUCCUUGAAGCAACGACAUUAUAGAAAUCGGUUAAGUAAAUUAAUCCAUGAUGGCUGAAGAAAGGAAGGUAUAUGUUGUCAAAGCUCAGCAAAAAAUGAAACUAUGGCUAUUUCACCAGUUAUAAACAUUCUCCAAAAUGGAAUGAUUUCAGCCAUGAGUAUGUUAGUAGGUGAGUUCAGGGCUGUCUACCAAAGAUGUAUUUAAGUGAGUGAGGAAAGCCAAGUAAGUAAAAGGUAAAAAGUAUUGCAUCUGGAAAAGAUUUAUCAGCACAGAGGUAUAACAUACUUUGUGAAAAUGGACAUCUGGACAGUGUUUGUUUCUAUAAGUGAUUUGUCACGAAAAACUGAAUCAAUUCGCUCCUCUUUUAAGAUAUUUUAUUUUAAGGAAAACCACAGUUAAAUUAAAUUUCUUCCUAUUCUAUACUUAUUUAAAGGACUGGCGUUUGGAACAGUUUAACAAUGUUUGCAAACUCUCAAUCAUAAUCAUUCUGCAAAAUAUUUUUUCUCCUUAAGAAACAAGCAUUAAGUGAAAUAUUUUCCAUAGUUUUACAGCUUCAUUUUGUUAUCAGCCAUUAAUGGAUUUCUGUACAGAGAUGCACAUUAAAAGUCAUUAGUCUGUGCAAAAGCGUGUACUAGAUGUAAAUACAUUCAUGUUUACUGUUUUUUAAGAAAUUGCACCUUUUAUCUUUAAAUGGGAUUGCCUCCCCCAUUUCCUACUCUUCCCUCUAACCCCUUAUUCCAUUGGGGGGAAGGAGGGAGGCUCUUAGAAAUUCUGACUUCUACAGUUUGGGAGAGCUUUGCCAUAUAUAAAUAUAUAAAUAAAUAUAUGUAUGUAUAAAUAUACUUUUUUAAGCAUGGGAGAGAGGACAAAAGGAACUGCAUUAUAAAGUACCCAAUAUACAAAAAAAAAUAUGCACAAUUCAAUAAGGAUGUAGUUAAAUUCAAUAUUUUUUUGUCUUGUCUUUUGCAUAACUGUAUGCUCUUAUUUCAUAAUGUGCCUUGCUCCCUGAUUGUGUGAAAAUAGAGAGAUAUAUUCAGUACUACUGACCAUGUUUUCAUUAUACUGCUGGAUUAAGUUAUUUUACUGAGUCACUCUCUUGCCAAUUAUUGUUAGUAACUAUUGUAAUGGCUUAGGUUGGUGGUCAUGAAGUCAGUGUAAAUUUUUUUUUUCAUUUACAUGUUUCCAUUAUGUAAGUUUACUGAAACCUUAAUAAAAUAUUGGCUUCAUCUA